AUAGUCAAUUUCCUAAAAAAAAUUCAUGACAAAUUCAUUCAAUAUUUGAAAAACUCACACUAUUACUAGGCUGGGUGAAAAAUCACCCAGGGAGUCACAAUACAGUAGAACUAGCACGGGACACAAACAAAGAACUAUAUUUAUAUCUGUAGGCAUCGUUGCCAACCUAGAGCACCGAAAUUUCUCAAGCCCUGGGUGAUUUUUCACCGAGCCUAGUAAUUAAGGGUUAAGCCUCAGUCUGCUAAUGCUCAAUCCGAAAGUCGUAGUAGUUGCUGUGCGUGAAGCUAUAUGACGCUGGUUAGAUGGUCUCUCAUACUGUGCCAUUCGUAACCGCACAAAUCGGCUAAAACAGACAGUAGUCAACAGUAAUCGGCUUGAGUUAAGAAAAAUCGGCUAGAAAUUUGGACUAAACAAUCCAUACCAUGGAAUUUCUUCUUAUGCCUUAAUUUUUUAUGGCUAUAUUCAUUGUAACAGUUAUUUAUCGUAAACUGUUUUCUCUCAUUGUAUUUUUUUGUGUUGAAUUAAAUAGCUAAAUUGAAUAAAAUUAUGAAUGGAAAUAAAUAAAUUGAUUGCAGGUGGAAGCAAGUGAGGAGACACAAGCAAGAGCUCUGCUCCUUCUGCGCAGAGUUGUCAACAGUGAUGCCCAGUUCUAUUCUCAGUUUUUCUCGCGAGAACAAGAUGGUGUGCUAGCAUGCCAUCACCAUGCAAAUCGGGCCUCCAUAUUCUCAAGGUGGAAGCAAGUGAGGAGACACAAGCAAGAGCUCUGCUCCUUCUGCGCAGAGUUGUCAACAGUGAUGCCCAGUUCUAUUCUCAGUUUUUCUCGCGAGAACAAGAUGGUGUGCUAGCAUGCCAUCACCAUGCAAAUCGGGCCUCCAUAUUCUCAAGAUACCAAAACAUAUUACACAGUGUAGAUGGACAGAUAGAAAGUGUAAACAUCAAAAGCCAUCGUGUGUGUUACCCAGUUUCCAUUCUGCAUCUAACAAUAGUAACCGAACAUCCAACAUCAUAACUUUAUUAUAUCAUCUAGUUAAUUUUGAUAUCACAUUAACUAAAAAGCUUUCCUCAUAAUAUACAAGAAAUUAAUACAUUGCCGAGAUUGUCAAAGAUGUGAAUUUUCAAUGUGCUUUGAUGCAAAUUAUUGCAAAAAACUAAUAUCAUGGUUAGCUAUGCAUAAAUUAAUAGGCAUGAUGGUCAUUCUUUACUGAAUCGAAAUAAGCUGUUAUAACUUUGUCAACUAUUAAUUUGGUUUUCAAUAAACUAGUUAUGAUCAGAUGCCUUAUUAAUAAAUGCAAAAUUCAUGUAGGUUAUGUAGCUUUUCUGCAAUAAACUAAAAUUACUCAAUAA